CCUGGUUCAGACAUUUUCGCGUCCCUAAGUUUGUACAUGCCUGUUCGCCAAACCGUUUGUUGCCCUCCCUGUUUACUUCUGACAUACCCUUCCCUUUCCCCCUUCCUAUGGAUUUCAGUUUGGUGGUGAUCAAGGGGAGGACUGCUGUGGUGAGUCCCACCUGGAACUGGGAAGCUUGCUUGCUGCUUUGGCACUGUGGUUCUCGCUGCUGCCAUUGUUGGAUGGCCUGGGGAGCCUCGUGGGGGCUGCCACAAGGCCCUGUGCUGCUGUGCACAGGAUUCGGGCGGGCCCUGCUUGCCUUAUCUCUGAGUGCCUGUUAUGGGCAGCAGCGAGGCCUCUGUGCCUGGCGCUGGGGAAGAAGGCCCUUUUCGCAGCAAUGCCUUCUCUCACUCUGGCACCCUUUCCUGUAAAACUUUCUGGCAGCUGGUGCCCCUCUCUCCUCUCUCUUUCGUGUGCAUAUCAUGCUCAGAGGCUGCAUUCAAGGGGGGAGGAGAGUGAGCGAAGGCUGCUGGCCUUGUUUGGGUGUGCAGUUCCCUGAUGUAAUUGCAGAUGUGCUGUUUAAUAACACAGCUCAGAGGGAGCUUGAUGCUACAGCAACAGUUUUGGCUAACCGACAAGAUGAAAGUGAGCAAUCAAGAAAGAAACUUAUUGAACAAAGCCGCGAGUUCAAGAAAAACACUCCAGAGGACCUGCGCAAACAGGUAGCUCCACUCCUGAAGAGUUUCCAGGGAGAGAUUGAUGCAUUGGGCAAAAGAAGCAAAGAAGCAGAGGCGGCGUUCCUGAAUGUCUACAAGAGAUUAAUUGAUGUUCCAGAUCCUGUUCCAGCCCUGGAUCUGGGGCAACAACUCCAGCUGAAAGUCCAGCGCAUGCAUGAUAUUGAAACAGAGAACCAGAAGCUUAGGGAAACACUUGAGGAAUACAACAAAGAAUUUGCAGAAGUGAAAAAUCAAGAGGUGACAAUAAAAGCACUUAAAGAGAAAAUUCGGGAGUAUGAGCAGACCCUGAAGAACCAAGCGGAGACCAUCGCUCUUGAGAAAGAACAAAAGUUGCAGAAUGACUUUGCAGAGAAAGAACGAAUGCUGCAAGAGACGCAGAUGUCGACGGCCUCGAAGCUGGAGGAGGCCGAGCACAAGGCGCAAGCCCUGCAGACAGCCUUGGAAAAGACGCGGACGGAAUUAUUUGACCUGAAGACAAAAUACGAUGAGGAAACAACGGCAAAGUCUGAUGAAAUUGAGAUGGUCAUGACGGACCUUGAAAGAGCGAAUCAGAGGGCAGAGGUAGCUCAGAGAGAAGCCGAGUCCUUGAGAGAGCAGCUCUCGUCCGCUAACAAAUCUCUCCAAUUGGCCACACAGAUCCAGAAGGCCCCGGAUGUGGAGCAGGCCCUUGAGGUGCUGACCCGAUCCAGCUUGGAAGUGGAGCUGGCUGCCAAGGAGCGUGAAAUCGCCCAGCUGGUUGCGGAUGUGCAGAGGCUCCAGGGCAGCCUCACCACCCUUCGGGAGAACUCCACCAGCCAGAUCUCCCAGCUGGAGCAGCAGCUGACCGACAAGAAUUGCACCCUCAAGCAACUGGAAGAAAAACUGAAGGUGCAAGCCGACUAUGAGGAAGUUAAGAAAGAACUGAACAUCUUGAAGUCCAUGGAGUUUGCACCCUCCGAUGGCUCCAGUACGCAGGACGCGGCAUCCAAACCGUUGGAGGUCCUGCUGCUAGAGAAGAACCGCUUGCUGCAGUCAGAGAACGCCACGCUGCGGAUCACAAACAGCGACUUGAGCGGGUCAGCCAGGAGAAAAGGGAAAGACCAGCCUGAGAAUCAGCGUCCUGCAACUUUGCCGGCCUCCCCUCCUCCUCAGUUCCCCCGCAAUGCAGGGGAGCAGGCCUCCAAUUCUAAUGGUACACACCAGUUCUCACCAACGGGUUUAAGUCAAGACUUUUUCAGCUCAUCCUUGGCAAGCUCCGGCUUACCCCUGGCUUCUACGGGAAAAUUUGCACUAAACUCUCUCCUCCAGCGCCAGCUUAUGCAGUCCUUCUACUCCAAGGCAAUGCAGGAAGCGGGAAGCACAAGCAUGAUUUUUUCAGCAGGUCCCUACAGCACAAACUCCGUAUCUUCCCAAAGCCCCUUGCAGCAAAGCCCCGACGUCAACGGCAUGGCUCCCUCACCCAGCCAGUCGGAAAGCACCGGCAGCGCCUCUGAAGGCGAGGAAAUAGACACAGCCGAAAUUGCACGUCAGGUCAAGGAGCAGUUGAUCAAGCACAAUAUCGGACAGCGGAUUUUUGGACACUACGUCUUGGGACUCUCGCAAGGGUCCGUGAGCGAGAUCCUGGCUCGGCCCAAGCCGUGGAACAAGCUCACCGUGAGGGGGAAGGAGCCCUUCCACAAGAUGAAGCAGUUCCUCUCGGAUGAGCAGAACAUCUUGGCACUGCGCAGCAUCCAGGGCAGGCAGAGAGAGAAUCCAGGCCAGAACCUGAACAGGCUAUUUCAGGAAGUACCGAAACGAAGAAAUGGGUCGGAAGGUAACAUCACCACAAGGAUCCGAGCUACAGAGGCGGGCUCGGAUGAAGCUAUCAAAUCUAUCCUCGAGCAAGCGAAAAGGGAGCUGCAGGUGCAGAAAACAGCUGAGCCGGCUCAGCCGCCUUCCACCUCGAGCAGCGGCAGCUCCGACGACGCCAUCCGCUCCAUCCUGCAGCAGGCCCGGCGCGAAAUGGAGGCGCAGCAGGCCGCCCUGGAACCCGCCUUAAAAGCCGCCCCCCUGUCCCAGGCCGAACUCUCCCUCCUGACCCCCAAGCUGCUCCCGACCCCCACCAUGCCCUCCGUCGCCAGCUACUCGCCCCUGGCCCUGUCCCUCAAGAAGCACUCGUCGGCCGAGGCCGGCGCGGCGUCCCUGCAGACUCUCCCUGCUCUAAAAAAAGAUUCCCCGGAGGCCCCCGUCCUGGAGCUCCACGGGAUGGCCGAUGCCGCGCAGGGGGUGCUGCGGCACGUUAAAAACGAACUGGGGCGCAGCGGGGUGUGGAAGGACCACUGGUGGAACACUGUGCAGCCGGAGAGGAGGAGCGCCGCCCUUCCGGAAGACCCCAGAGCGGAGGAGGCUGCCGGAGGGAAGGAGAAGGCCAGCGGCCAGCCCCGCUCGGAGCGUGGCCAGCAGGUCCAGGGGCCCGCCUCGUCGGACUACUGGAAGGAGUGGCCCAGCGCGGAGUCGCCCUACUCCCAGAGUUCAGAACUGAGCGUGACGGGGGCCAGCCGCAGCGAGACGCCGCGGGACAGCCCCCUCCCUUCCUCCCCCAUCGUCCCUCUCGCGAAGCCAUCGAAGCCGUCGGUCCCUCCCUUGACCCCGGAGCAGUACGAGGUCUACAUGUACCAGGAGGUGGACACGAUAGAGCUGACGCGCCAGGUCAAGGAGAAGCUGGCCAAGAACGGCAUCUGCCAAAGGAUAUUCGGGGAAAAGGUGCUCGGUCUGUCCCAGGGGAGUGUCAGUGACAUGCUGUCCCGGCCGAAGCCCUGGGGCAAGCUGACGCAGAAGGGCCGGGAGCCUUUCAUCCGCAUGCAGCUCUGGCUGAACGGCGAGCUGGGGCAGGGUGUCCUGCCCUCGCAGGGGCAGCCCCAAGGCCAAGUCCUUCCUUCUGUGUCGUCACUGCAAGACUCCCUUCAGCAGGGAUGCGGAAGCUCAGACAGCACCCCAAAGACCUCUGCGAGCUGCAGCCCCGCUCCCGAGUCUCCCAUGAGCUCCAGCGAGUCCGUGAAGAGCCUGACAGAGCUGGUCCAGCAGCCCUGCCCUGCUGUGGAGACGAGUAAGGAGGGCCAGCUGCAGGAGCCGAGCGGGCCGUCCGCGGCGGAUUGCCCGUCCACAGCGCCGCUGCCCCUUCCUGGCCACUCAUCGCUCAGCAUCCAGGAGCUGGUGGCCAUGUCGCCGGAGCUGGACACCUACGGCAUCACCAAGCGGGUCAAGGAGGUGCUCACGGACAACAACCUCGCGUGGCUGACAAGCCUAAAACGCAGCAGAAGAGGCAAGAAAUGUACCCCAAACCUUGCAUUAGGUCAGCGCCUGUUUGGGGAGACCAUCCUGGGGCUGACGCAGGGCUCCGUGUCCGACCUCCUCGCCCGCCCCAAGCCCUGGCACAAGCUGAGCCUGAAGGGCCGGGAGCCGUUCGUCCGCAUGCAGCUGUGGCUGAACGACCCCAACAACGUGGAGAAGCUCAUGGACAUGAAGCGCAUGGAGAAGAAAGCGUACAUGAAGCGGCGGCACAGCUCCGUCAGCGACAGCCAGCCCUCGGAGGCUUCCUCCGCCGGGCUGGAUUACAGCCAGGGAGCCAGCCCGCAGCCGCAGCACCAGCUCAAGAAGCCGCGCGUCGUCCUGGCCCCGGAAGAGAAGGAAGCCCUGAAGCGAGCCUAUCAGCAAAAGCCAUACCCGUCACCAAAAACCAUUGAGGAGCUCGCCACGCAGCUCAACCUGAAGACCAGCACCGUCAUUAACUGGUUCCACAAUUACAGAUCUCGCAUCCGUCGGGAGCUGUUCAUCGAAGAAAUCCAAGCAGGAGGCCAGGGCCAGGCGGGGUCCAGCGACUCUCCCUCGGCGAGAAGCAGCCGGGCGGCGCACAGCUCCGAAGGAGACAGCUGCGAUGGGGCGGACGCGGAGGGCCUGCCGGACGCAAAGCACGGCGGCGGCCCGGAGGGCGAGGAGUACAGCAAUGCAAGCACAAAGUCUCAGGGAGGGCGAGCGGCCUCAGCUUUCGAAGCAGGGGAAGAGGCACUGCGGGACGCCGGAUCUGCAGAGAAAACGGAGACAUUCCAGCUGGGAAUGGAGAGCCUGGAAGACACAGAUGAUGAGGGCAGACUGAAAGCACCGCGUCCGGGUUCUCCGCCGGGCUCUCGGCAUUCAGGAGAAAAUCAGGAGACGACGCCCAACUGCGCGCCGGAAGAGGAUGCCUCUACCUCAGCUUGUGCCACCUCGGUCCUUGCGGGGGAGAGCGUGGAGAGAAUCCCCUUUGUGCCAAGUACCAGCUCCACACCAGCCGCCGGCACUCAGAGAGCCAACUCCCUCGAGAGCUUGUUCGGCUUCUCGGAGGCGGCCUGCUCCAAGAGCACGCGGGACAACACCUUGAGGAAAAAGAAGGCCGCGAAUUUGAAUAGCAUCAUCCACCGCCUGGAGAAGGCCGCGAGUCGAGAGGAGCCCGUGGAGUGGGAGUUUUGAGAUUAGGCUCACCCAACUCUUAAGGAGCUGGGAAGUGACAACUUGGACCUCCGCUGGUUUUAAUGGUGUCCCGCACUUACCGCCCUGCAGGCCACAGGGCAAAAAUGCCAUAGGCCCAAGGUGCAUAUAGAGAACGACAAGAGCGUUUAAGCCCAGUUCUAUGUUUGUGUUUUCGAGGAAGAGAACUGAAAUGUGUAGUCCGGCUUUUUGUGCCCCGAAGUGUUUCUAUUAAUUGCCCUAAAGUGAUUUCCAGAGUUUCUGGGGAAGAAAAAAAACUCAUACAGCUUUGCCUUCUGCCCUUCUCUUUGGUGUGGGCUUUAAAACAAAAAAAUAUAUACAAGCAAGAAAAGAAAAUUAAACCCACAUAUUUAAAAGGGGGGCUUUUUAUCUGCCAUCUAAUGGCUAAACAGAGCGAUAAUAAUACACUAUUAUCUUCUUUAACCAGGAAAACAGAAAGAUGAGAGGGGAGAUUUUUUGAGAAAAAGAAAAGUUUUUUUGUAGCUGUUCAGUUGCCACUAAGAGAUUGCACAGUCAACCCGACUCUAAACACAGUAGUUUGAAUUCCUAAAUAUUUUCAAGAAAAGAAUAUUGUUUGAAACUUGGGAUUUAAAAAAACACAUUUACUCCACAUAUUUUUUAAACAAACAAAGUCACAUCAGGAAAAUAUCUUAAUUUGUGGUAGCUGACUUCAGUGUUUUUCUUGUAAAAGUGGAAUAGAAAAUUGACUCGUAGUGCACAUCGUUUCAUAGCUUUAACCGAUUCUGGUCUCUUUAUGGGCUGGGAUUUGUUUAAUACACUCCAUUUUAGGCCAAAUCAGGACAGAAAAAGAAGAAAAAAAUUCUGAAAUCUAGGUAUUUUAUAAUCUGCUUUUUAACCUCUAACCACAGAAGCACGCAGAUCAGACCUCAUUUCUAGGAGGUGUGGGAGACAGCUUGGAAUGGGGGCGUACUUGAUCGGUUUCGCUUGAAUUGCAUCACGCCAACCUUGCAGACAAGUCCGUGCAAGUUACUAGUCCUCAGCCCGCCUAAUGACACAAGCCUGUGUUAGUCACUUGCGCUCUUUAAGAAAAGAACCACCACCAGGUUUCGAAGGGAGGGUGGUGGUUGGGGACAUCUGGUCAGCUGAAAAUAGCCCUUAACUUGCCAUAGGCGAUCGGGUGGGCAGCAAAACCAGCCUGUGGUUAUGCAUAGUUCUGGGUGGAAGAUGGAAAGGUUCCGCUAGUCUCACUCUUGGAAGGGUAAAGGUGCAACUUGCAAAAUGCGAAGCGGCAAGAACAGGCCCCGUCUCGACGGGCCCGUCAGGUCAAUUGCCACACAGCUUCCUGCUCUCACCUACCAGGGAGAUCAAACGAGGCCCUGUUUCAACACCGUUAACUAAUUAGCCAAUUCCCGCGGCUCCACAGCAAGCACUGAUUUCCGUACGUUUCAGCUGUGGGCGUGAACUGCUUUGUCUGAACCAAACCGGGGCAGGCCUGGGAAAAGAGCACGCGGCACUUGACCACGGCGUCCGCUGCGACGUGAGCACGGCUGACCACGCCGCCGGCAGAAGCACGCUGCACCCUUGCCCUCUCCCGCCGCUUUCCUGGCAGCCCCACGGCCGAUCAGAGUACAGAAUCGAAUUUCCAAAUUGUCUCUGACUCCUCCAGUUGUCUAUGUGUAUAUGCGUGAGCACAGAGGUGUGUGGAGGGAUGAGUGGGUGUGUGCAUGUGUGCAAUUUUAUACGUCUGUAUUUUCUUACGUACUUGUGCACGCAUAGAGUGCAUUUACUGCCACCUUUUUUCAAUAAGCUGUUUUAUCAGUUAACGGCUUCUACAAGUUUGCUGAUUUAGACUCCCUUAUUGCCAUAUCUUUAAAACUAACGAUAGAUGAUUUCGGUAUAUAUAUAUUUUUUUUGCUUAUUUAUAGGUGCUGUAUUUUAUUAUCUGAUUAUUAGGAAGGGAUGAAAGGGGCAAAUAUUCUUUAGAGGGAUAGACUGCCGGCAGUAUUGGGUAUAAUUUACAAGAUGUAGUUGUCAUACUGUAUAUUAUUGACAGACUCUUUUUUUUUUUGGACCGUAUUGUGUAUCAUGGAAAGCUUUGUUUUAGGUCAACAUCUUUUGAUGACACUUUAAUGGUGCAUUAAUUACUUCUUAAGUUCUAAUUAAUAUUUACUUUAUGCUAUUGGGGGCAGGGGGGAGAAGCAUUCUGAUUUGAAAUUAUGUUCCCAACAUGACAACUCAAUGUGCUUGUAUUAAUCAGUAAUUAACCCUGAUUUUAUUUUUAUUUCGACUGUAAGAUGCAAAACCACCUUCCUUGCAUUUUUUUUAAGGAAAGUAUAUAUUUUACAGUCUCUUUCCAAUCCAUGACAGCAGCACUUAGCUCAAAUCUUCACAAAUGUGAGAGUUCGGUAGCUUUAAAAGAAAUGCCUUUUCAAGGUCCCAUCGAAGGCUCUGGGAGGCUGGAAGUCAGGUUGGCUUUUACCCUGUCUUGCGGUUAAUUUCACAGUUUCACGGGCAUGUUGGGGUCUGAAUUCCGGGGCUCUCAGGUGCAGAAGCACGCCCGCUCUGCCACAUGUGGCAAUGCCCGUUUGAGAAUUUGGCCCCAAGGAAAGCCUGACUGUUCCUGUUGGCGAAUGUGCCUGGCGCCGGUGCUGAGGUUCCGUGUCGCCUCCUCUCGGCCCAGGCAUGGCCUCCCUUUCCACGCAGAGUAAGUUUUUGUCGUUCAUAUUUGUCCUUUGAACCAGCAGCUCCGGCACCCCCAGGACGCUCAGCCUGCACAUGGAGGGCGGGGCUUGCGAGAGGCAUUUCUCGGCCCCUGCCACGAAACCUGGACUCUUCUUAGAAUGGGGGGCUGGCAGGCCUUGCCCUGCUUCGCUUCUGUCAGGCCGUGCUCUUGCACGGUGGAGGGCGCCCGCUCCGCUCCGUCACCGCCUUCCUACGUCGCCUCCAGGAUGCUUGGCAGGCGCGACGCGUGCGACGGGCCUCGGCACCUUGCCGUGUCUGCGCAGGUGCCUGUGCUCCAUCGCCAGUACGGUGCCCCCGCAAAGAGCCCUUAGGGCCAGCUGCAUGCCAGCGUUCAGGGUCCUGCCACUUGUCCUGAUAAGCAAUACUGAAGUGCCUUGAAAAAUACGGGAUUCUGCUUGUCUUUCGUGUGCUUUCCCUGCCCGUCUCUGUGGAGCACAUCCUGGUCAAGAUGCUCUCGUCCCUCCAAGGACGGUCAUGUCUCCCUGCCCUGCCCUUCCCUCCCUCCACCCCCCACCCCGGGGCAGGUCUCCACUUGGGAGAUCCGGCUCAUCACAGGAAGCGUGGCUCACGGAGCCGGGGGCCCGUCGGUCACCCAGCAGAUGGGGCUGGUCUGCCGACAGCGACAGUUUCACAUCCAGAACGUUCGCAGCAGGUGUGGCGCUUGAUGUUGUUUUCAGUUCCUUUCUGCUUUUGGCGUGAAAGAGAGGCUGGGACGGCCCGGAAGCGUCAUCACGGAGGGCACGCGUCUCCUCCUCCUCCUCCUCCUGCCCUGGACCUGCCGGGACACAAUGGGGCUUCCCAUGCCGACCUCACUGGGCUCAUUGCCGCCACCCCCAGCUUCUUGGUACCGUCCGCAGGCCCGUUUGCAGCGCUGGGAGAUCAGGAGUGCUCACGGCAGUCCUCAGCAGCAGCAUUCCAGCACGAAGACGGCAGCCCUGGAGGAGCGUGAGGGAAAGCCACGUUCCCGGCAGCGGCGUUCUCUGCUGGACGGGGGCCGCGCACCAAAGCACGGCAGCUUCGCUGGCACUGUGCCCGUUAAGCAGCCUGCUGCGCAUCAUGAGGGCCGAAGAGCGUUUUCCGCCCGGAGCAGAAGGCCAGGCUCCUCAGGACCUUGCAGCGGCCUCCAGCCUCCGCCUCCCGUGUCACUUGCUGCUGCACUCCACCUUCCAGAUGUGGCGGGACUCCAACCCCCAUUAGCCCCAGCCUGCAUGACCCCUGUUUGGGGGAUGGAGUUGCAGCCCAGCACUCCCUGGGUUGGCACGAGCUGCUCUCCCCUGCUUUCCCCGGAAGGGCCUGGCUUUUGGGGGAAAUGCAAGGCAGAAGGCCGCAGGGCUGGGAAAGGCUCUUGCCUGCCCGUUGGAGAGGCUCCCGGCCUUCCCCCAGCAUAUUGCUUUGGAGACGUGUUGUCCAGGCAGGGUGGGAACGAUGGGAAUUGCAGUCCAGCCCACCUGCCAGGCAGCUGUUUGGGGAAAGCUAGAAUGGGCAGCCACAGACUGACUGCCGGCCUUCCCUUGGAAGCAAACCGCCAAGGGGGCCAUCAUCUCCUGUCCCCUUGCCCCUCCCCCUUGCGCAUCAUCUUGCUGGCCUGUAGCCAGUGCAGAGGGAGCGCAGGGGACCCCUUCUUCUCUCCAAGCUCUUUGCAAAGGUUUGAAAUCAUUGCCCGCUCCCCCGUCUUCUCCCUGCCCCACAUUGCCAUGGCUUCUGGCCGUCCAGAAAGGCCGCCCUGUCCCCAGAAGCUUCCUGGGGCUCCUCAAGGAACAGUCCCACAGCCCCAGGCUGGGUUCCCCAGGCAGCCCUGCUGAUCUCCCGCGCCAGUGCCUUGAGGGCCCCGGAGUUGCCCUCCUGCAGCUGGCCCACCUGCACCGCUCUCCUUGAUCUCCCGCCCCCUGGACUAGCAAGCUCAGAGGCUCGGCCCGGGAGAUGCUGGAAAGAUCCCCCACCAGGUGCCUGGUGACGCAGGGGGGCUGAAUUGGGCUACCCACAGCGCUCCCGUCUUUGAGCGUUGCACAAGCGGACUGGGGCAGGUGGGAGUCUGGCAGCAUCCGGAGGGCUGCAGGUUUCCCGGUGAUGCUUUGCGUCCUCGCACGCUGCGACGGAUGCUUGCAGGAUAAGCCCCCCUUUGGCACCUCUUCUUACACCAGCCCUCCAGUGAAGCCCCUUCCUGUGUUUUGCCGGGCUCUGACCUGGACGAAAUGGCUUUUACACCUGUAAAAGCUGGGGGUGGCGGCAAUGACUUGGCUUAAGCAGCAAUACGACGUAAUUCUAAGUGCUGAGUCGCUACAUUUCAGCGUGCAGGGAUGCUGCUGUUCAUGCAAAGCAAUAAUUUGUAUUCUUGAUGGAUCAGUGCUGAAGCACAAGCGAAGAUGGUGGACGUUGUAAUGUGGGACGUGGCUGUAGUGUUUUUCCCCAGGUGAAUUCCUCCAUUUGCAGCGACUAAAGAACCGGGCAAGCAAAAACACACUUUUGAUCUCAUGCUUCUAAGCUCCAUUCCAGCUAAAUUUGCUACGUACACCUUGGUUAAGAGCUGUGCAGUCUAGAAUGUGGCACUGCAUCUUCCAGGAAAUAAGAAAGAUGGCCUUCUCGCUGUGUGUUUGAGGAAACCAGUAUGCUUCCAGAUCUGUGCCGUGGACACUCUGGCUUUUAUCGCAAAAUAAAAGGAUUUUGUUGCUUACCAUUUUGGAAAGAAGGAAAAAGGGUAAGAAAGAAACCUUGCUCUUCCAAAGCAACCUGGAUGGCAAAACGUGUGACUAUUUAUCGAAUUAGAUGAAACCGAAAGAGUCCUGGGGUGGUGGAGAGCUUCUUUUUGUGGAUCUAAAUUCUGCUCAAUUCUCUAAAACUCUUAUCUAUCAAAGGAUGCUCUGCCACCUUCCCUGCUAUGCCCUAUUUCAGAACUGGGACCAAAACGCAGGCAAACUCCAGCAGCUCAAAGUUGGAGCGAUCCCAACAAGACCAGCCUCUGGGUGUGAAAGUGCCAGUUGGUGCUCCACACAGGAGACAUUCCCAAAAAGCAAGCAGAGGCAGCCAUCUCCCUAACCAUUUGGAAGGGGAACUUUCAUUUGAGAGGCACAAAAGAAGAAAAAUCUUAACAUCAUGAUGCAGUACAUUUGAAGUCCUGUUAUUGUGCAAAUAAAAUGAAAGGCAUUUACAUGGCCGGGUGCCCACCAAUUUGGACUAGAUUUUCUACUUGAAUGGAGGAACAGAAAAUAAAAAUUUUACUGUAUCUCUGUAAGUUAGAGAUUUUUAUCUGGGUUUACUGAAAGCGGAACAUCCGAGCGACUAGAUUCCGAGAUGAGCACCAGAAUGCUCCGGGUGUCUUGGAUUACAGCUUCCACAGCCCCUGACUGUUCCUGCUCUUGGCUGGGGCUGAUGGCACUUGCAGUCCGGAGGGUGGCACAUCGCCUCCCACUGGUCUCACUUGUCUCAGGUAUGCUCUCGCCUCCCUCACCCACGGGGAUCGCAUCCCAGGCAAUACCGUCUUUCCAGUUUGCACACGAGUCUGGCUGGUGCAGCCGAACAAAGCAGGUCUGCAUGGAGCGAUGGCGUCCGUCCAUGCAGCCAUCCGCAGAAUGCCUCUUUCACCCCUUGCUGUGCAAGAGAAACGGAAGCGACACCAAAGAGCCGGGCAAAGGGCAGGGCCUGCUAGGACUCCCGUCGCGCCAUGUACCUUGGCUGCUUCACAAAGGUUUGCCUCCCGCCUCCACUUCCACGCUUCUUCGGAACCAGAUGGUGGCUUCCGGCUUGCUCCGAGGGUACCUCACCGUGAGAACGUGGCCUGGCUUUGCCGUGCCAGCAGCAGUCUCCCCCCGAAUGCCAGCUGCUUCCUCAGGGUGCACCUGGGCAGACGGUCCACUUCUGUGCAUCACACGGAGGGCAGCACCGAGAACUUGCUCCAGUUUAUCUGUCCAGUGGGAUCCAUUUUUCAAGAAACCACAAAGUUGCUGUGCUCGAUUAGACUUCUGCCUUCGUCUCUGUCCUUGCGCAUUUCUUUUUUUGGCUCUUCAGCCUCUUGCUCUUCAAGUUGCAUAUGCACUUCUUAAAAUGCGUGGAAACAAUCUGCAGAAAUAAGGUGGCCGGAUGAUGCCGGGGUGGUUGCAACCUUUAAGACAUUGAGGCUUCUCAGACGAUUCCCCCAUCCGGUGGCAGGCACGUCAGGACAAUGCCCUCACUAUGACGGUGCGCUAACAGACGCCUGACCCAUUGAGUGGGACUGAAAUUCUUCCCAUCCUGCAAAGAAUCCAAAAAGAGGCUGAAGAAGAAGAGGGUCUUCGGUGUUUCCAUAUCCCCUUUGGCAGGCUCUCGAGCGCGCAGUGACCAUGGCUUGAGUUCAGAAGAGACGCGUGCGAAGAUUUGGGGCAAAUCCCGGGACAGCACAUUAUCCCACUGGUUGUAGAUUUGGCUGAGGGUGAGAGGAGAAUUCGGUGCAGCAGGUGCAGGUGGAUUUCACCGUUGUGGUUUUCCUAUCCAGGGGCCGCUUUUACACAGCUGGCUUUGGUUUUUGGCCUUACUGGGGGCCGUGUGAGGAGAAAGCCGCUGGGGGCCACCCGGGACUCGCUUUGGAGUUGUCGAGGAUGGGCUUAGGCCACCGCAGGGCAAUCCAGCCCCUCGGCUGCUUGGCAUGCUGUGAAAACGGAUUCCCCUCCCCACCUGCCCAGGGGCUGGAACCAAAGAAUGCUUCAGGCUUCUCACACCUUAGAUACCUGGCAGGCAUACUUAAAAUAGCACAGAGGGCUGUUAAAAUGUUAAAUUGCCAUUAUUAAUGGCUUGAUAUAUGUCAUGCUUUUAAAGCAGGUUAAAAAAGCAAAAUGCCUCUUCCCUUCUUAUCUGAAAGAAUAAUUCUGCAAGUGGCUUUGGGCGCUCGAGUUAACUUGCUUAAAAGCAUGAGUUGGUUCGGGUACUGUUGCACAGCGCUUCCACGUAAAAACGCCGGCAGCUCCAAAGAAGGGGAAGUGGCAUCAGCACCGCUGGUUCCGAUGCCCAUAAGCUUCCCAGAGCUUCCAUUUACAGAGCAGGUGGUCCAUUCAGUCAGUAGAACUUGCCCAAACUUUCCCCUCUGCCCUUCAGGCAGCCCGGAUCUUUCCGGCUGUUCAGCUCGGGCACCCAACUCUUGUGCCAAAGAAGGACCUUGGGACACGCACCGUGCUUUUCGUCGGAUCCCAUCAGCCGCAGGGGGAGAGCCAAUCUGCCUGCUGUGGCCAAAGCAUUCCUUGUUCUGGGUCUAGUGUCUCCCACCCCCAUCCGGCGAGCCCAGCCCCAUGCUCCACUCCGUUAUGUGCCAGUCUUGAAGACCUCUCUGAUGGCAGCCUGCACAUCUGUGACAGCUUUAGAAUAGCUCAAAUCCUCACCACCCUCUGGCCCCAGUACAUCUUUGAAGGUGGCUUGGAAAUUUCUCAUUGCUGUUUCGAGCAUUGUCCGUCUUAGUAAGGAAUGUCUAGUUAGAAUACCCUUCUAACCAAUGUGACUUAAAUGUAUAUUAGCAAAAUCCCAGUGUUUUGGAGAUAACAGUUUAAUUGACAAAACCCACCCCAGGUUCAAAGGAAAGGCAAUUUUUAUUUAAUAUUUCUCAGUACACAUUAAAGUAACACCCCUGUGUUUUUCAGUGGCAUUGAUUAUAAUUUAGGUCACUAAUUGAGAAGAAAGAUCCAGGGUGCAAACUGAUGUGUGUUUACUCAGAAGUAAGCCUGCUUUAUGCAGUGGGACUUGGUCCCAGACAAGUGUGCCUUAAACUACAGCCCUUUGCACUCUUACCUGAGAGUAAGUCUCAUUAAAUUCAGUGGGACUUACCUUAUGAGUAGACAUACUCAGUAUUGCACUGUUGAUUAUUAUACACUGAGUUGGGCAUUUUCAAAGGAGGUGCAGACACCUGGUGAGGAUUGUGUGGAAAUCGUUGCCUCGGGUAGGAUGCCUCUUCCGUACCUUAUUGUUUCAGUAAGGAUUUGUGGCAUCAAUGGGUUAAAUUCAUCUGUGGAUUGGAGCCCUGCUUUUAAAUGCUACUGUUGCAUGUUUGAAUGUCCAAGCAUCUGUUUUUUCUGGACAGAAUCAGUGUGGAAAUGGCAGCCAUGUGGUGUUUGUAGCCGUGGAGAGGAAAGCCGCCCGCUCCUUCGAGGACCUGGGCCACGCUGAGCUGAUUGGAAUUUAGCCCUGCCUUAGUGGGAAGUCCUGUCUCCUGACCAGGCACAUCCAUCCGUCUCGGGGACGGGGGAUGCCGCUUUUGCUCCAUUUCACCGCCCGUUUGCAUGCUGAACCGGUCCUUCGUUACAUUUGCGCAUGCUGAGCAUUCAGCCCAUAAGACGCCCCGUGUGCCAGCGCCCCUGCACCCGUCAGUAAAGGACCCCACUGCACCCCAGCAAAAGGAGGUGCUUUGCAGAGGUGCCCUUUCUUAGGAGUGAAUAGGGAAGCCCCCAGGUGCAAAGCUCUGCGCUGGGGAGAGAGAACCCCAGGUGUGCGUUUUUGCGAGCGAUCCCAUCUCCUGGCUGAGCAAGGGUGAAAAUUCGUUCUGCUUUCCGGAAAUGAGGGGUGCGUGGGGCAUAAUGUGCCGCGUCAGGCUGAAGUCACGCUCAACGCCGCACAAGCCACGGUGCUUGGUCUUGCCUUCCCCAGGACUCGCAACAGCUCCUGGUGCGAAGUGGCUGGGAUGCCCCUGCUUGUGAGGCCUUGUCUUGAGCGGUGCGUUGUGCGGGAAAAUGAGACUGGUACCCCCUUGCACGUUGAUGGCCUUUCCGCACUUCCCGUUUGCGAGUUGACAAUGAAUUGCUAGAAGAGCCCACACUUCAGCGGCAGGGGAGGGGAUUUCUGGAGCUGGGAUGUGGUCUGCUUCACCGUUUCCACCAUUGCUUUCCCAAAUAUGCUGAACUUUACUUUGGAUGCUUAGACAGAAGUCCGCUUGCCGCGCUCCUUUGUAUCCAAACUUUGAAAAUGUUUUUGUCAUCUGAAGCCAGCUUUGAUCAACUUUAGUAAGUUUUCUUUUAACCAGAAAGUUACAGCCGCCGCCUCCUCCUCCUCUCUCUUUCUCUUUCUGCUGGGGGAUAAUCUUACAGCAUUUCAGUGUGUGGUGGAAAAUACAUGGUUAGCAUUUCUUUUAAAAAAGCCCUGACCAAUUGCAAAAGGCUGAGCCAAAAAGCAGCUUGUUGGGGGCACCGUUAGUUAAUCUUUUCGAAGCACUUAAGAGUGUGCAUUAAAUUUUUGUGCAAUAGAAAAAAAAACUAUUUGGCUAGUCUAUGUAGAUUGUUUGAACUUAACCAUGAUAAGCUUUUCAGGCUGUAGCGUCCUGGCUGGCUGUCCCAAAGUGACUCCUUUGGUUUGGUGGAACGGCAGCAUUUGUCACCCAAUGCCAGAAAUGGUGGGUGAGCACGUCCAGCUUUUUGCUAAGUGGCGACAGAGCUCAUCUCUCCACUGACCUUCCAAGUGAUAAGCCUUUCACUGCUCUCUCAGAUUUCUAGCUCAGGGGUCCACAGGAGAGAAGCCGUUCUCCGUAGCAUGACUGAAGUUCCACUUGGAACGAUCCUCUGCAUUUUCUUGCAUUACUUGGCUGCAAAUACUCCCCAAAGUUACGUGACCCUGGACCUGAAGGGCAGUUGGAGUCAGCUAGCGUGGUGAUUACCAAAUUCCGUAGCUGCGUCCCCCUUUUUGGGUGCCCUGCUCGCUCUUCCGUGAUGGCAUUUCUGUACAAAUCAAUUGAUUCACUACUUCAACAACACAAUAGUACACACUGCCUCUUGGAAGUCUGAUGGCCUGGGCACCCCCUCCCGCAAUUUCACCUUCUGCAGCUAGCCAGUCACUUUCUUACACAUCCUUAAUGGACACUGAAGCAUCUCCCUCAGCUUCUUGGUAUCUUGGAAUUAGGCACUCGUGAUAAGUUCAUUCCAGUUUAACUGGGCCUGUUAAAGCAAAGAGAAAGCACCUGCAGGCUGCCUCUUCCAUCUCCGUCGUCAGCACUUACCUGUGUCAGCUGCAUCACGAGCACACCUAUCUUUGUUCCACCCAGAAAACUCGCAAAAAUGUCGCGGCUUUCCUGUUUGCAAGCAGAUCAUUUUCCCCAUGAUGUGCUUUCCAGAGCUUUCUCAGCAGCCGUGCACGCACAUCCCUUGCAGGAACCCCCUGCAAGAUGCAACUCCUAGACGCGGCACGAUUCCCACGCCCCGAGUCUGCCAAUCAGGGCCCAUAUCGUUCUGUUGUACAUUCUGAGUUCUUUGUAAAUGUGUAUAAAGUUUUUCUUAAUUUAAAGAUAUUCUGCUUCGAGAGUUUAGAAGGACACCGAUGCUAGGGGCAGGGGGAGUAGAGAGGAGUCAGAGGUAGAAAGAUGCGUGCAAAGAAUGAAACGUUUGGAGCCUCCUUGAGCCUGUGGAUUUGGGUCCGUGAAGAGGCAUUUUCUCUGUUCCCAAAGUGCAUUGCAGUUUCAAGAAAAAGUGAGAUUGGCUGCUUUCUUCCACCAGGGUUCCUCUGUAAGCUGUGUCUGUUUUCUGAACUAAACUUGCCAGGUCUGUUUCGGUGUGACCUGUGAGAACACCCCUUGGAGGGCUGCAUGGCAGCCGUUGGUGGGGCCCUUCCGGAGGAUGUCUCGUGUCAACUUUCCUUUUUUAAAAUCUUCUGCGUUGGCCCUGCACCAGGUCCUCUGUGGUGCAGCCACACUCAAAGCCUCUAUGCAACUCCCAAAGUGGACCUAGAUGCUUGUGGAGGGAAGAUCUCUGUGGGUCCACAGAGACAGCCACCCACUCGGAAAACUUUUGGACGUGGGCUAAAGGGGAAACACGCCACAUGAAUGGUGUCUUUUGCUGUGCAUCUCAUUUGCUUUGGGGGUUGAAUAAGAAUUAAUCUCACCAUCUUGAGCUAUGAGGAUUUCACCAAUCAGAGAAGGUCCCAAGAAGUGUUGGAACUUAAAUAGUAAAUCGCAUUUUGUCUCUCCUUCCCUCCCAGUCAUUGUCCAACUUUCAGAAUAGCUUUUUUUGGGGAAAGGGCGAUUAGUUCACCCCAAACGGUGUCGCACCAGCCCUGGCGGCACCUUUCCUUCAGGGUUCGUUCCUUGCAUGCCUGCAGUGAUAAGGGUGUGGAAACUGCGAGGACUUCUUUAAAAAAACGAAAUGUGGGACAUUUUUUGUAAGAAAGGACAGCAGAGUGGUGUGGUGUGAAAACCGUCUGUGGGAAGGUAAAGGUUUGAGCAAGGCAGCAGCUCCUGCAAAGACGAAAAUAAAGGCAGCAGGUAGUUUCUGUAAAGACCAAGCACCCCGAUUCUGUUUAAAAGCAGUCCUUGGCCCCAGUGCAGGCAAAUCUGUAGGAUGUGAAGAUAUUCCGAGCUGGAAUGGAUCGUAACCUCCUCCAAGAGUUGGAAGCACACGGUUGGGACCCAACUGCAGCAAGAUCCCUUGGGCACAAUCCACCAGGAACAGCAUGGACGGGACUUGGGCCGUGAUGGGUACACGAAGAACUUGAAUUAGUUUCUGGAAGGCCGGGAAGACUUCCUGGUGGAUCGUCCUUCCAAGCCAAAAACCAGCCCCCUUUCCCACCCCUUAUUUCCUUAGGGUAGUUUGAACUGGUCAUAGGGAGGGGAGGUUUCAUUAAAGGGGGUUUUUGUUCAGUUUCCUCUCCAAAAUAGUCUAUGCAUUUCCAUUUCCGAAAACCAUUCUCUGCUGCUUUUCUCCACCCCCCCCCCUCCAAACUGGCACCGUGUGCUCCACAUGCAACACUCCAAGAAUGUCAUGUGUGCAAAUUUGGACGUUUCAAUCCAAAGUAAAUGGCAUCCUACCAUUUUCCUUUGCUUUCCUGAAGUCCCUUUUCAUAUAUAUAUAAUUUUUAGUUGAGGACACAGUCUGCUAGGAAAGGUCCAGUGUAUACCUAUCUCAUGGAGGCGGGUUUACACACACCUUCCCAGCACAUUGUGCUCUUAAGAAUUUAUUUUUUAUUUUUUAAUUUUAUUUUUUUGCAUUUGUGCAAUAACUACUUGCCAUUUUAGUGGGCUAACCCUUUGGACUUGCCCUGACUACUAACGCAGCACAAAAUGAAUUCAAAACACAAAAAAGGUGUAUUUUUUUUCCUGAGAAUAUUUUCUUUUUUUUAAAAAAAAAAAACCCCAAUAAGCUCCAUUUUACCCCCGUGUACGUGUGGUGUCCAACAUUUUUAGCAGUAUUUUAUAUAUAUAUAAAUAUAUAUAUAUAAAUAGAUAUAUAUAUUAUUUUUUCCUGUAACGCACUAAGUCUUAGAUGUUUUUAGAAGCUCGUUUCUUAUAUUCACAAUCACCAAUUUUAAUGAAAUGCCCUCACAAAGAUCCAAUUGACCAAAAAAAGUGUCAUUUUUUAAUUUUUAUUUUAUUUUAUUUUGUACAAGUAGCUUUGAAAGAAGCCCCACGUUGUGUUGCUGUGAUUUCAUCUUUUGUAACCUUUUAUUUCUUGGUCAAAAGUUUAUUAAAAAAGAAAAAAACUUUUAUAUGGCUAGCGGUGACGGAGCGGGGAAAGUGGCGUUUCCCCCGGCCUUUGGCUAGCCAUUCCGUGUGUGUUUGCAGCACUGUACAAUGCCCCUAAUAUGAUAUGGAGAAGCAAUAUCACUGUACGAAGCUCACAUGAUGUAUUAUUAUUCACUAGCACCCUAGGUGUGAUAAUUGAAGUAAAUAUCUUUUAUACAAACACAA